AUGAAGACCUUUCCUGGACCAAGCGUAGUCCUACCAAGUCACUACCAGUGGUCGAGACAAUCUAUCCACGAUCGGAAUGACAUCUCAUCUAGCCAGGAGACUUUUCUGUGUGACAGACAUGCAGAUCCAGUAUCAACCUCUGGCAAAACAUGCCACCUAAUUCCCAACAGGGCAAGCCAUCGCAAGCGAGCGAGAUCGCAGUCAGAGCCCCUGGGUGAUGAAACAAUCGAUAGCCUUAACGGAGAGUGCGCAACUGUAAAUGAUGGCAGACAAGUGGAAGGGGAGCUUCAUCACGUGGAGGCAGAGCCAUUGCCGAGCAAAAGACUUGCCUGUCCUUUCUAUAAGUAUGAUCGGAUCACGCACCUCCACUGUGCUCGCUUCCACCUGAAGAGAGUUAAGGACGUUAAGCAGCAUCUUCUCAGGAAGCAUCGGUUUCACUGCAAGACUUGUCACGAAGGCUUUAAGGAUAAAGAAAAGUGCAAAGCUCAUGUCGAUGCCGAGCAGUGCGAUAGCAGGGCCAGUACCCGGUCGGCCGAGAUCGAUGAAGGCAUUUCGGAGCAUCAGGUAAACGAUCUCUUGCAGAGGAUGAAUAGCGGCCCUAAGGGGGAUGAACAUUCCUGGUACACUAUCUGGGAUAUCUUGUUCCCCGGACGAUCCUUUCCCGCCUCACCAUUUCUAAGGACCGAAGUGGAAGAAGUCAUCUCGACCGUGUGUGACUUGUGGCACAAGAAUGGUUCCAAGGUCUUGUCAUCUCUUAAUAACGGCUCAUCGCCGACGGACUUGAUAACCAGCACGGAGUUGCCCAGAGGAAGACCUUUCUCUCCCUUUAACUCUUCCACAGGUGAGGAUUUGUUGUUGAUCUUGGGCCAGCUCGCGAAAGUGAGUGCAACACAAAGCGAGGCCGAUGAGACAAGCCUCACUAAAUCGCGUUUCUACCCUUCGUCGCCUGCAAUUUACUCCCCGCCCACGUCGGUCAUGACUCUAAGCGCCGUCGACGACAAAGAGAGGUGGCAGCUUGGUCAUGCGAUGGUGUCUUCUCCUCUGAAAGUUGACGACUUGAACAAUAUAACACUUGGGUCGAGAAGGAGCACAGAGAAAUGA